UAUAUAUACACUGAAACAUAUGUUCCCAGCUCAAACCCUGUUUGCCUCGGACAGAUUUCUCUGAACACAAAAACACAGAAAGGAAAGGAAAAAAAAAACAAGAAAGAAAAUAUCAUUAUCCGCCAAAAAAAAGGAAAAAGGAAAAAAAUUCAAGAAUCCGCCAUGGAAGAUCAAGAAUCACAAGCCUGCAACCCUCUUCCCAUAGAGAGCUUCUCGUACGGCUGGUUAGUCAACUUCCCUUCUUUAGAAAACAUCGAGAACUCGACAAGAACGUCAGUAGACACGUACGACGAUUCUUCCUCCUUCAUCGAGAUGGAUCCGAGGUUGCCUCCUUCCAGAAGAUUUUUUAUCAGCCCUAAAGAUCGAAGCUUCAAGUUCGAUAGCUUCUCCAAAUCCGAGUCCUUAGCUCACGCCGACGAGCUCUUCUACGACGGCUACGUCAUGCCCCUCUUUGCAAACUCCGCCGAGGAAUCUCAGCCGUUGGAUUCAUCGUCGGUGAGGCCAGAGAAGAUGAGAGCCGUCGGAUUGACGAAGAGCAAGUCGUCUUCGUGCUCUAGGAGGUUUCAGAGAGCUUCGAAGUGGGUUCUACUGAAGUACAUAGAUUUCUUGACGCCAUUGUAUAGAAGAAUCCGAGGUAGCAAAGCUUCUAGAUCAAGCGGAAGCAAUGGAGCAAAGAGUGGUAAUGAAUCGAGGAUUCGAGCUACGAGAAAGCAAGUUUAUUCCCACGAGACAACGUCUUCUCCGAGGGUAAGCGUGGCUGAUGACUGGAGAAGAUCUUGUGACUCGGAGAGUUCCAUCUACGAGGCUGUUCUUCAUUGCAAGAAAUCAUUCGGAAAAUGAGAAGAAUCCAUGGUUGAAGGAGAGAAGCAAAUUGCAUAUACACAUGGGAAUCAAUCAAGAAGGGGAGAGAGAGAGAGAGAGAGAGAGCAACUUGUGAUAUGUCUUCUUGUUCUCUCCUUACAUCUCUCUCUCUCUCUCUCUCUCUCUCUAAUUUUAUGAGAUUGAUGUGAUAAUGUGAAUGUGUCAUGUGAAAUGGAUCGAGAAUAUUUGUGCUUUUACAUGAUUAGACAAAUUAGGUUGUUUUAUUAUGGGCUCAGCAAAUCAGAAAAUAUAUUUUUCAUACA